AUGAGUCGACGACUAUUUGGCCAGAAUGGCUCAGACAGUACGCUGUACGCACGGGAUGCCGAGGUAGCAAUUGCCCAGCAAGCACAGCAGGCGCCGCCUCGUCCUCUUCCUGUCGGAUUCUGGCAUCAUGACUUGUACAAGGUCAGGAAGCAUGCAGCCAAGAAGUACCCUCAGACAGUACUCAUGCUCUUUGUUUUCGUCAUGGCGGUCCUCUUGCUCUACUGGGCAGUCCUGUUUCGAGUGGAGGAGAAGAUGUCGGCCCUGACGGUCCACGUCGUCGACUUUGACGGGCAGGCUCCCUUUGAUGAUGUUGAUCCGUUUGUGGGCCCCAUGGUCACCGAGCUGGCACUGCAGACGAACGAUUUGGAUCGUCCGACGCUGGGGUUCUCUGUCCUGUCGCCUGCAGAGUUUAACAAUGACCCCAUUGCCGUUCGCCAGUCUGUCUAUGACGAGCACUGUUUUGCCGCCAUUAUAGUAAAUGCCAAUGCCAGCAGUAUGCUCAUGAGCGCCGUCCUGAAUGGAAAUACGUCCUAUGAUCCGACCGGCGCAGUACAGUACAUUCUCUUGUCAGCCCGAGACGAGACGGCCUACUCCAACUACAUUUAUCCCCAGCUACAGACAUUUAGCGAUACUUUAAUGGCCCAAUUCGGCACUGUAUGGACACAGAGUCUGACGGGCAGCAGUUCCGUGACCAAAGACAUGCUAGCAAGAGCUCCGAGUGCUGUGAAUCCUGGGAUAGCGCCCCUGAAGAUAGACCUUCGACCUUUUGGGCCACCUACUGCAACGCCUUCCGUGACGAUUGGCUUGAUCUAUUUGAUUAUUAUGGCUUUCUUCUCCUUCGCCUUUUUCUUUCCAAUUCAUCAGCAAUUUGUGAUACCCGCAGGCCAUCGACCCCUUCACUUUUGGCAAUUUAUUCUAUGGCGCUGGCUGGCCACGACCGUUUCUUACAUUUUCAUCUCCCUGGCCUACUCCCUCGUCUCCCUGUCGUACCAAAUCCCAUUCUGGAAACCUCCGGCCUCGCCCACCGAGGUGGCCUUGAACGCCAGCGCCUACGGCCGCGGCUCGUUCCCCGUGUACUGGAUGAUCAACUUUGUGGGCAUGGUGGCGCUGGGCCUGGCGUCGGAGAACGUGACCAUGGUCAUUGGACAGCCCUGGACCGCGCUGUGGCUCAUCUUUUGGGUCAUCACCAAUGUCGCUACGGCCUUUUACACGCUCGACCUGGCCCCCGACUUUUUCCGCUGGGGCUACGCCUGGCCGCUGUAUAAUAUCGUCCAGGCCAGCCGCACCGUGCUCUUUGAUUUACACUCGCGCAUCGGUCUCAACUUUGGUGUGCUCUUUAUCUGGGUUGCGAUUAAUUCGAUCCUGUACCCUUUUUGUUGCCACUUUAUGCGUUGGCGGAUCGAGCGCGAGAAGAGGGCCGCCGAGAAGAGCAAGGGCCAGUUUGCUGUCGACACUCCUCCUCCCGCUCCCGCUCCCCUACCUCCUGUUAGCGACAGAGGGCAUUCACAAGACGUGGGAGCGAGUCCAACGAGUAUCAUAAGCUUUUGGAAGGGACGCUGA